AUGGAGGUUGAUCUGGCGUACCUGUUACCGUUCCUGGCGAUACUCGCCACGGUGUAUUACUACCUGACGAAGAACAACAAUUACUUCCACGACAAGCCGAUCCCGUCGUUGGCGGUGGAGCCCCUGUUCGGUAGCACGCGCCGCCUUAUGCUGAAGAAGACCUCGUUUCAUGAUUUCAUCAUGGACGUGUACAACAAAUUCCCGACCGUAAAGGUUUUCGGUAUGUUCGACACGAUAACGCCGGUGUUUGUGGUGCGCGAUCCGGAGCUGAUCAAGCGGAUCACGGUAAAGGACUUCGAUUACUUCGUCAACCACCGGCAAGCGUUCGGGUCGUCGGAAGAUCCGAACUCUACUGCACUGUUCGGUAAAACGUUGAUCGCGCUCCAGGAUCAAAAGUGGCGCGAUAUGCGCGCUACGCUUAGUCCGGCGUUCACCGGCAGCAAAAUGCGCCAGAUGUUCGAUCUGAUCGUCGAGUGUAGCACGAACAUGGUGAAGUACUAUCAGGGUGAGGUCCGGAACAAGGGUGGACCACAGGAGCACGAGAUGAAGGACGUUUUCACGCGAUUCACGAACGACGUCAUUGCGACGUGCGCCUUCGGCAUCAAGGUGGACUCGCUGCGCAACGCCGACAACGAUUUCUACACGAACGGCACAAAAAUGAUGGCGUUCAAUCGGCCGAUCGUUCUGGUGAAGGUGAUGCUACUCCGUCUGAUGCCGAAGCUGAUGGCCAAGGUCGGCAUCGAUCUGUUCGAUCGGGAGCAGCGGCACUACUUCACGGAGAUCAUCCGCGACACGGUGCGAACGCGAGAUGCACACGGGAUCGUGCGCCCGGAUAUGGUGAACCUGCUGAUGCAGGCCCGCAAGGGUGGGCUCAAGUACCAGAAGGAGGCUGCCGAACAGGCAACCGGCUUCGCGACCGUCCUGGAGUCUGAGGUUGGCCAGACGCACACCGGUGAGAAGGGGCUUGACAUGACGGAAAUGGAAAUGGUGGCGCAGUGUUUGAUCUUUUUCCUCGCCGGGUUCGAUACCGUGUCGACGUGUCUGACGUUCCUGUCCCACGAGCUGACCAUGAACCGGGACGUGCAGGACAAGCUGUACCAGGAGAUUCUCGAAACGAAAGAAUCGCUCGGAGACGGUCCGCUCACGUACGAUGCCGUCAACAAGAUGCGUUACAUGGAUAUGGUCGUGUCGGAAGCGCUGCGUAUGUGGUCUCCGGCACCGGCCACCGAUCGCGAGUGUAUCCGGGACUACGUUGUGGAUGAUGGCGAAGGCCUUAAGUUUACCAUCGAUAAGGGCACCGUGAUUUUCCUGCCCAUCUCCGGAUUGCAUCACGAUCCUCGUUACUACCCGAACCCGAACAAGUUCGACCCGGAGCGCUUCAAUGAAGAGAACCGCGACAAAAUCAACCCUGGAGCUUACCUGCCGUUCGGUAUUGGACCACGCAACUGCAUCGGAUCUCGGUUCGCCCUGAUGGAGGUGAAAGCCAUCGUCUACUACAUGCUGCUGGCGUUUUCGUUUGAGCGCACGCCCAACACGCAGGUACCGCUGCAGAUUGCCAAAGGUUUUGCCGGGAUGCGUAGCGAGAAAGGUGUGUUUGUAGAGUUCCGGCCACGGAAGUAAACUGGAUCGGAUCAGCUGUUUCAGGCUCUAAAAUAACGAAAUCGUAGUGUGUACGGACGACGCAUGUGUCACGUGUCAAAGGAGAUUAGUGCUAGUACUUAAGGUAACGAUAAAACCUGUUUACUGCUUGUGUUAUGAAAAUAACAAAGUUUAUUGUAAAUGCAGAAAAGGAAAAGAACAAUAAAUAUUCAUAUA